AUGGAGGUGUAUUCCUGGGGCAGCGGCAACUAUGGCCGGCUGGGACUCGGUAGCGGAGCUGAUGCCGCACGGCCACAGCUGGUCAGUGGAGUGCUUAACGGCUACGAAGUGGUAGGCACUGCCUGCAGCUGGUACCAUUCUGCGGUGGUUACGUCGACGGGAGAUGUGGCGACAUUUGGAUCAAAGAUCUCCAAAUGCCUCGGCACGGCAGCAAGCGGCAGCGACGUGUCCGAUGGAGCUGCGGCAUCCGACCACUCGCUGGGACCUGAUAGUGAUGAGGAAGACGAGAUCGCACCAAGGGGACUGAAGGCCAUUCCUCGCGCACGCGGAGGUGACCGACGCUCCCGGAAUCCGCUCCAUUCCGAAGGAAUUGGCCGCAGCACCAGCGACUUCGUCCCGCAUCUCCUCCGGUCUUUUCCAUCCAGGGUUAACGUUGUUCAGGUCGCCGUGGGCAGCGACAUGCUUGGUGCCCACACGCUGGCUGUUUCCAGAAAUGGUCGCUUGUAUAGUUGGGGCUACGGCCCAGCCUGUGGCCUCGGCAGCACUGCCAACGUCAGCACGCCGACUUUGGUUACCAAGUUUCUCGGCACAGGCGCAGGCGAGGGCGGCAGCGGGCGCAUGAGGAAGCAGGAGAUGGAACCGCUAGGUUGGGGGAAGCACUCCCAUCUACGGUAUCGACAAAGACCGUCGAACAAGCAUCUGGGGUUGCAUUUCCUCAGGCCAAAAAUUGCGAAGGCCAGCUGUGGUGGAGGUUUCAGCGUCGUCAUGAGCACAGAGGGGGAGGUGUUCACUUUCGGAGUGAGUGCCAGUGGCCGACUGGGGUUUCGAACAAAGUUUCGAGCGCAGCUCCGCCCACGUCGCAUAGAAACACUGGCUGAGGGUACGAUCGACAUUGCGGCUGGUGCUGCUUUCGUGCUCCUAUGCUCGGCUGCGGGGAAGCUGAUGUCGUGGGGUGACAACAGCAAGGGGCAGCUUGGAGUGGGGCACCUGCAAGAGUCCCAUGAGCCGCUGACGCUUGGCCGCGCCUGUCCGGCGGCAUUUGUGAUGCAGGCGGUUGCCGCUGGAGACUCGCAUUCCCUUGCGCUUGAUUCGGCUGGGAGAGCAUACAGCUGGGGUGGUGAAGGUGGUCCGAUGACAGGACAAGGGCAGCCAGUUCCAAACUCGACACAAGUGGACGCCGCAUUCCAGUUCCGCCUACGACAACUGUCUCACUGGUGGGUGCGGCCCCAUCCCAUUCGAGCCUUGGUUGGCAUCCGCAUCGUGCACGUCGAUGCCGGCUGCCUCCACUCCCUGGCGCUGUCGCAGGAUGGAGCCCUGUAUGCUUGGGGUGCGCCGCUACAGGCCGCCACCUCCCAGAGCAGCAGCGCGCCAAAGGGCAGACCCUCGCAGGUAUCCUGGAUACCGCGGCUUGUCGCCCCGAGCCCGAAGCUUCCACUGGUGCGUGUGGGCACUGCAACAGCAGGAGGCUGGCAUUCAAUAGCCACGGCGACGCCUGCCAGUCCGCUGGACAGGCUGCUGCCUGCCGAUUGGUCUCAGGAGGAAGAAAAAGACGAUGGUGUCGCUGCCAGUUCGAACCAGGUUGCAAUGGCAAGUCUGUCGGACUUUUGCGAUGCUUUCCUUGUCUCCGAGAAAGACUCGACGCCAGAGGAGGAGGCCCGGAUACCCGUGUGCUGCACAGCCAUUCGCGCUCGACUGGCAAUGCCUGAUGGCACAGACUCCCCUGUGUGGCGUGCUUUUUCAGCGCAGGUGGUUCGCCUUCGCCCAGAGUCCGUUGCCAUCUUUAGCACCGAGGCUCCGGAAAGAGAGGAAGAGGACACCGGCAGUGAGUCGGGCGGAUUGCUCGAACUAGCAGAAAUGCAUCGGUCUCGCCAGAGGAGCGUGGCCCAAAGAAAGCAUCCAACGGCUGCCCAAAACAGUGAUGCCGACGAAGCGGCUGGUUUGGCGCUGAACCCUCCGCCUACUCUGCAAAAGGCCAAAGGCAAGACAAGCAUUCCGAGGAAGAAGCCAAUUCCAACAUUCAGCUCGGAUUCUGACUCAGGGAAUGGUGGUGUUGCAAAGAAGGAGUUGCGAGACAAGAUGGUUGCCGCGCGGCCUGCUCCACAAGCGGCAGUUCCGAAGCGGUCUGUUCCAGAUUUCAGCUCCGAUGACAGUGCGUCUGAAGAGGAGCUAGUGCCUGAUGAUGUGAUCUCAGCUGCGCGGAGUCCUCCUGCGCGCUCGGAUGGCACGUCUGCAUACGGAUCCCCCGCCACAAGUGCUGCCGCGCGAUCUCGACACCAGCCUCCCUUGGGCUACCAGGGGCCUGCGUCAUCCGCACUCAGCGGCUUGGAGUUACGGAGUUUCGGUGAAGCGGUCUUGGCAACGCUCGUGCGCUAUUUCUGCACAAACACGCUUCGAAGCAUCGAAGUGAUUGAUGAGUCUCACCCUGCAUGGCAGCGAGAGCAGCAACUUCGCCUGCGACCACAUGGGUCCAGCCCGGAGGCUGCGGAUGAAUCUCUGCGCCCCACGCGUCUGCGAGCAGCUCGUGGCCUGCUCUUGCGGCAAGAGGUCCGCGAUCUACGGCACAUCGGUGUCUGCUUGGGCAUGGAGCGCUUGUCACGGCUCUGUGAUCAGCUCCUGCUUCACAUGGAUGCGCCGGGUGCACCGGCACUCUUUGUGCCAGCUUCUUCCGUUGGCACUGCGAUGUGGACGCUACUGCAGCAGACCCUGCGGCCUCCAGAUCGCGACGGUCCAGACACGGACCUCUUGUGUGCCCCACCAGGGCCGCGAAAGCAUCAUUGGGGUCCCCGGUGGCUCCCGGCGGAUGGACACCUGCAAGCCCACGCCUUCGUCCUCUGUGCUGGUUGCAGCAAUCUGCAGACAGAGCGGAGGCUUGAUGGGCCAGCCGAGUUGGCAGGAGGUGGUCGGCUUGGUCAGACCACUUUCGAUUCGUCUGAUACCAUGCCAAAACUACGCCUUCGCCGACGGGACGGAGGAGGCGGAGGCGCACCAACCUAUCAGUUGGACCUCCAGCAGUAUUCAGCGGACGUCGUCUUCGCAUGGCUUCGAUACCUGUACACGCAGGCAGCUGUCUGCUGCAGUAAUGCUGCUCUCUCGAUGAUGACUUGGAGCUCACAUGGCCUCUCCGUCGUGCUGGUCGGCAUAGAGACGACGAGGCUCAGGGUGGGUUUGCUGAGGCAGCUCAUGGUCGUUCCCCUCCUGUGUCCCCCGGUUGUGUACGGUGUGUGUGCAAAACCUGGUGCCGAGGCUCCGCCGGAGACGUGGUGGAUGCAGCUGCUGCACCUUGCACAGCUGGUCGGAGAUUGGAAGCUGCAACUGUACGCCCAGGACAUUGCGGUUCAAUGGGAUGAGGAACUGUAA